AUGCUGCGGCAGCGUUGCGGGCAGCUCCUGGCCCGGCUGGAGCACGGGCUGCAGCUCCUGGAGCUCGGCGGCAGCGUGGAGGAAGACUGCAUCCGGAUCGCUCGGUGCUUUGAGGCGACACGCCAGAGAUGCUGCCGGCUGGAGCAGGACGGGCGCCGUGCCCGCGAGCAGCUGGCCCGUGUGGAGGCCGAGCGGGCAGCGCUGGAGGUGAAGCUCAAGCACGCCCGAAACCAGGUGGAGGUGGAGAUGAAGAAGCGGCACCGGGCAGAGGCUGAGCUGGAGAAGCAGGAGCGAAAACUUCAGCUGGUCCUCGAGCUGCUGAUGCGGGAACCAUGGGGCAGCGAGGCACUGAGCAGGGAGCAGUGCUCUGUUCUCAGUGCCCUGGCUGGCCGGCGCCUUGGGGCAGCCUUGGCACCCGGCAGGAGGUCAUCUGCAGUGGACGAGUCGUGCCAGUCCCUCCUGUCCCACUCGGAUAUCAGCUAUGACCGCACUGAGGAUGACGUGGAUGUUGAUAUGACACUGGUGCGGACCCUGAAGCGCAAAGCUCCGGACAGGCAGCGUGUGUCCCUGGCCCCUCAGGUGGGCCCUGUGGUGAUGGCAAAGCGGCACCGUUCUUCAGUGGUACCCCAUAAUGCCGUGUGUGUCCCCUCUAUGCCCCCUCCUGCUGAGGUCCCAGGCCCUGCUGACAACCUCCUGCCUGCUGUUCUGGUGCCUCAACGCCGCUCUCGCCAGGGACAUCGUGUCUCUGCACGUGCAGAGCUGACCACAGUUUGGGGCACCAGUGAAGAUCCGGUUUCCCGUGCUGCGGGGCAGGAGAGCCACACUGAGGGCAGCUCAGUGGGACAGCCAGCACCAGCCCCCUUCCCCUCACCCCCACGGAGUCUCCCAGCAGUCCAGCACAAGUUCACCUCCAAAACGGUGAUCCGCCCUGAGCUGUGUGGUGUCUGUGGUUCCCGCAUCCGCUUUGGGAAGACUGCCAUCAAGUGCUGCCAGUGCCAGCUGCUGCUGCACACCAAGUGUCGGGAGCAGUGCCCCAGCCUCUGCACGCCCAGGCCUCAGCACCACGCCUGGCCCCAGGAGGGUGUGCUGGCUGACUUCGUGCCCUCCACGCCGCCGCUGGUGCCCACGCUGGUGGUGCAGUGUGUGACCGAGGUGGAGAAACGAGGCUUGACAGAGACAGGGCUGUACCGGGUGCCAGGUGCCGAGCAGCUGGUGCGGGAGUGGAAGCAGAAGCUGCUGCGGGCCGGGGGAGCACUGCCUGCCCUCGGCACUGUGACUGACAUCCACGUGGUGUGCGGGGUGCUCAAGGACUUUCUGCGGGGACUCAAGGAACCGCUGGUCACCUUCAGCCUCCGCCCUGCCUUCCUGAAGGCCGCUGACAUCCCGGAUGAUGCUGCCAGUGACACAGCCCUGCGCCAUGUGGUGAGCAAGCUACCCCCAGCCAACAGGGAUACCCUGGCCUUCCUCAUGCUGCACCUGCUCAGGGUGUCACACAGCCCUGACUGCAAGAUGGAUGUGCUCAACCUGUCCCGUGUGUUUGGCCCUACACUGGUGGGAUACAGCUCAGCCAACCCCACGCCAGACGCCAUCAUGGAGGACACGCCUCGGCAGUGCAAGGUGGUGGCUCGACUCCUUUCAGUGCCACCCAGCUUCUGGAGAGGCUUUGUGGAGACAGAGCAGGAGAACCUGGUGCCAGUGGCAGUCCUGGGAGGUAGUGAACGUGGUGCACAGGAGCCCCAGCCCCCACCCAUCAUGGCCUUUGGCUUCCUUGAAAGGUGUUGGUGUCCGUGGCUGGGGUGAGAUAUGUCCCCAAUCUGUCCUGCAGGACCCUUCUUCCAGCCCAUUGGCUCUCCGGAGCGCAGGUCAGACCAGCUGAGCCCAGCUGGCACCUGCUGCCUCCCCAGCACCCUGAGGAGCUGCGUGGGCAAGGCCAGCCGGCCCCCGCAGGGGCCAACCCCGAGGAAGGUGGGCCGGUUCUUCCCUUCUCUUGUGUAG